AUGGCCAUCGAGGAGUCCACGUCGUUCUUCUCCGCUCUCACCUCAUUCUUCGUCCCUACGGCUCACGCCGAGGAGACCGAGGAGGAGCCCAAGGAGGACCUUGCCCCAGAGGAGGUUGCCGAGGAGGCGACCCCUGAGGCCGAGGAGGAGCUCAAGGAGGUUGAGGAGGCUCAGGAGGAUGACGAGGACGACGAGCCCGAGGACCAAGCACCUGAGAUCCGCGAGGACUGUGAGAAGAACGAGUGCAAGGAGCCCGCCAAGCACUUCCAGCACUGCUCUGAGAAGGUCGAGGCCGGCAAGGGCUGGCACGGUGAGGACUGCGUUGAGGAGCUGUUCCACCUGAUGCACUGCGUCGACGCCUGCGCUGCUCCCAAGCUCUUCAAGAAGCUUGCUUAA